GCCUCCUUUUUUUAUUAGCGCAGGUGCAAUGUGUCACUCGCCUGCGAUGGAAAAUAACACAAGAACUCAACACUAAAGCAUUUAUAGAAUCUGAAUUUCACAAGCCUGUAAGAAAUUCAUCAUAAGAACAGAGCUCGUUGACAAGUGAAGUGUUUGUGAAAUACAAAUUCAAUACAAGUUGUGAUUUACAAGUUCAAACAUGAAGUUCUUACUUUGUCGCGUGGUCACCACUACCUUGUGUGUUGUGGGAAUCAUUGCAAAAUCCGAGUGCGAGAAUCAGCAAAGGAGCGCUCUAAAAGGGUCCGAAGGAGAGUGGAUUCCCAAAUGCACGGAAUCGGGGGAUUUCAAAGAUCUGCAGUGCAAAGAGGAUGGGUCUGAGUGUAAAUGCGUGAGACCUGACGGCACCCAUAUCAAGGAAUUCUCGCCGAAAAUCAAAGCCUGCGCCUGUCAUGUCCAUCUCGACAAAGUUCGUGCAAAGGCUGGCAGGAUGGUAGGAGUGUAUAAGCCACAGUGCGAGGAAGACGGCACUUACAAAAGGACGCAGUGUAAUGGAAGCAUCGGUAGCUGUUGGUGCGUGGACGAGAGAGGCCGAAAGACCAACAAAACCACAGAUUGCUGACAUCUGCAAUGGGAAACCCAUUGAGAAUAAAAUUCUAUAUAUGAAUUAAAAUAAAGAAUGAACACUGAAAUUUAUUUUGAGUCUAAUAAAGUUUGGUUUACUUCAAA